AUGAUAGAUACCGGUAAAGGACCCGUCCAACGCAGGUCGGAGCCUAUUGGCACUUUUAUCCAGUAUGAGGGAUCCGGGAAGCUGAAGGGUCAGAAGAUCCUAAUUACAGAUGGAGAUUCUGGAAUCGGCCGAUUAGUCGCGAUCCUCAUGGCGAAAGAAGGCGCCGAUAUCACGAUUGCGCAUCACCCGGAAAAAAGCGAGGAGGCAGAAGACACAAGAAGACUGGUGGAAUCUGAAGAUCGAGCGUGUCUUCUCGUCGCGGGGGAUUUGUCCAAGAGAGAAUAUUGUCGGAGGGCGGUGGAGGCGCAUAUUCGCAGGUUCAAGAAACUAAAUGUCCUGGUGAAUAAUGCGUCGAGGCAGAAUAUGUAUCGAGACCUAUCACGCCUUGACCACAAUAGGAUAGGGGCAGUCUUUCAAGGCAACGUCGUCCAGACAAUUGCUAUGGCAAAAUAUGCACUACCGUUUAUGUCGAGGGGAGAUUCCAUCAUCAACACCACCUCCGUCAUUCACUCUCACGGCUCGCAUACCUUGGUAGAUUACGCAGCCACGAAAGGUGCCAUGGUCGGCUUUACUCAGUCCUUGGCGGCUCAAUUGAUCCCGAAAGGCAUUCGGGUUAAUGGUGUAGCCCCUGGGGACAUUUACAAGGCCGUUCAAAGGGCAGCCGAGCGGGAAAUCUGGGGCAGGAACCGGAUUCUGCUUCAAUCUGCCGAGCCGAGUGAGGUUGCAACAAGCUUUGUCUUUUUGGCUAGCUCGAAGGCUUCACUGUAUUGUGAGUUUAAUCGCCUUCGCUUUGUGAGUAAUCGUAUUCACUAA